AAAGCUCUGAGCGGAUGUUGAUGCGGAAACGCUGUAGUUGUGGUUUCUUCAGAACCAGCUACAUGGCUAAAUAUCCCAGAUAACACUCAAACGUAGCCUUUGUUAGUACGAGGACAACGUUUUACAGCUAAAUCUAAACCUUUCGGGAGGUUAUGUUGAGUCGUUAACAAUUUCAAACUUUCACGUCAUUUCUCUCUGUGUCUGGAGUGAGCAGGAUGCUAACAGCUGUCGUUAGGAAACUGCAGGAAAUUAGCUAGUUUAGCUAGCAGAGACCACAGACAGGUGACUUUAUGUCUCUCGACAUCGGCUCUUAAUGCUCGUAUUGGACUUGAAUAACAUCUUCGUAAUGGACACCGAGGCAAUAGUGAUCCGUAUAAAGACGCCGUCGGGGGACAUGGACUCGUCCGUGGACUGUCCGUCUCUUCUAAACUUUAAUGAUUUGCUAGUCGCCAUCAGAGAUGUCAUGCCUGAAGCCACUGUCACUGCCUUUGAAUAUGAAGAUGAGGUAGGAGACAGAAUCACUGUAAGAAGUGAUGAAGAGCUCAAGGCCAUGUUGUCAUAUUACUACAACACAAUGAAUGAACAACGCAUGAAUGGACUGCUGCCAGACCCUCUCCAGAUUUUUCCAAGAGCCGGCAAGACUCCAGGGAUCCGGAACAUACAUGGCCUGAAGGUUAAUACAAGACCUAACCCAGCCAAUGACUGCACUCAUACUGUCCCGGACUCCAUGACCAACAACAGUUUAAAAAAAUCAUCCGCUGAGCUGAAGAAGAUCUUGUCCAAUGGGCAGAUAAAUGCCCUAGAUAUCCACUACCAAGAGCAGCUCGGCCAUGGAAAUGGAGGCACAGUUUACAAAGCGUACCAUGUUCAUGGGAAGAGGGUUUUAGCUGUCAAGGUCAUUCCACUGGAUAUCACUGUGGAACUACAGAAGCAGAUUAUGUCAGAAUUAGAAAUUCUCUACAAGUGUGAUUCACCCUACAUCAUCACUUUCUUUGGUGCCUUUUUCGUUGAGAACAGGAUAUCCAUAUGCACCGAAUUCAUGGACGGUGGUUCUCUGGACGUGUUCAAAAGGAUACCAGAGCAUGUUCUGGGAAGGAUCGCAGUUUCAGUAGUCAAAGGGCUGACGUAUCUGUGGAGCCUUAAGAUACUUCACAGAGAUGUCAAGCCUUCCAAUAUGCUGGUAAACACCCGAGGACAAGUCAAGCUCUGUGACUUUGGUGUCAGCACGCAGUUGGUGAAUUCCAUUGCCAAAACCUACGUGGGAACUAACGCAUAUAUGGCGCCAGAGAGGAUAUCUGGAGAACAGUAUGGUAUCCAUGCAGAUGUGUGGAGUGUGGGAAUCUCUUUCAUGGAGUUGGCACUGGGCAUGUUCCCCUAUCCACAGAUUCAGAAAAACCAAGGAUCUUUAAUGCCUCUCCAGUUACUGCAAUGCAUCGUUGAUGAGGAUCCUCCAGUUCUGCCUGUCGACCAGUUCAGUGAAAAGUUUGUUCACUUCAUCACUCAGUGUAUGCGGCGGCAACCCAAAGAGAGGCCUGCCCCUAAUAACCUCAUGGAUCAUCCCUUCAUCACGCAGUACAACGAUGGCAACACGGAGGUCGUGUCGAUGUGGGUUUGUCGCUGCUUGGAGGACAGGCGGUCUCAGGAGGCUCAAGGACGCGUCUGACGGGAGUCCCCACGAUGGACCUGGACUUUUGAUCUUAAGCCUUGGACACUAAUCAAAGUCUUCAGGAUCAAGUACGUCCAUAUGCACUGUACAAGUGUGGCUUCAUGUACAUGGACAAAACCAAACAAACAUCUGUAAAAUGUGUUACUUUUACGCAAGUUAGUCUGUAUUUAAAGGCACUUGUGUGGCCUGAAAAUGAAGAGCUCACAUCCACUGAAGUGAAUGUGAGUCUCUGUGUCUGAUGAGUGCACAGAGAUCUGAGCUCUCUUCAUGUCGCCAUCUGCAGCUUUAUCCGUGUGUGUUUUGGGAGCAUCACAGUCUGAUGAAUGGAGACAAAUUGUCCUCCUUCACUGGACCAGUGACAAUAAACGACUUAAAAGCACCGCGAUACACUGGCACAGUUGUGUUCUGCUUUUUAAAGAUGGCACCUCUCAUCACCGUCUUGUGCUUUACUGUUGACAGCCCUCGAGUGAUUGUUAAGGUUUUUGCCUGUGAGUAAAUACCCCUGUGUGCGUGGUUUUCCACUGGUGUAAGCAAAACUAUGUUGUGCCUGUACUUUUCAAGACAAGCCCCCCCACGCCUUUAACUCAAAAAAGUGCUUUACAGAGACAUUAUAAUAAAGACAACACAUUAAAACUACUUAUAAAUGACAACAAAACAAAGAUAAUCCAUAUUAUCUUCAGAGUUUAAAGCUGCAGUAGGCGAGAUCACUGAUAAAAUAGAGAGAAGAGGCUAUUUUCUCCAACACUCGGUGAGUUUACAUGUAUGUUAAAAGUCAGAUUUAGACAAUAAUUCAGUUCUCAAGCCAGUCUUAGUCAGACUAACAUACCUGGAUAAUGUGAUUCAAAGUCCGAUUACUCCUACAUGUAUACUCUGAGUCAAACUUGGCGUUCUGCACAUGCACCAAAAUGUCCUCCAUGGUCUUUGACCCGGAAGGAGACGACGUAUAAACUUCAGUAUUGUUGCCGAAAAUCCUACGGCAGUUGCGUCAUCAACAUGACAACCACAAGAGUCUAUCUAAUUUGUAUCAUCAUUCACUGUUUUUCUGUGACGUAAAGGUCAACAGGAAACAAUGCACACUUGUGUAAUACAGCUUCACCUAUGGAGUUGUCCGAUUGCCUGUCUUAGUCGGACUAUGGCCUAUGACCUCCUUUUCUAGGUUUCUUUGCCCUGUAGGAAGGUGUUGUUGCCAAAAUGCAGUUGUAUGAAGAGCAGGUGUAAUGGGAAUAGCCUAUCUGCAAAAAAGGAGCCUCAGCUGUAGCUGUGAGACUGUAACCAGAGCAGGCGCUGAAAUGUCUUUCUCUCUCAGAUCAUUUCAUUUACAGUAUCCUGAAAGGUUAUUGUGGAAUUAAUGAUCAAUAACACCCAAAAGAAAAUCUGGAUACUUUACCAUCAAGCCUUUAUUGAACCAGUUUUAGGUGAUUUUUAGUUUUUCAAGAAGCUGCAGAGCAUGGAUGCUAAAAGCUGCUUCGCUUUGCUUAGUUUUGAUUCAGGGAGUAAAAGCUGUUCACUGAUGACCCGAGGCGUCUGGAUGCACCGUAUCUUACAAAUACAUCAGAGCUGUGUUUAAGCCCAAGACCAUUUAGUGUUUUAUAGACGAGUAGUGGGUCAAACGGUGAUUUAAGGGCCGAUGGUAUGUGCUCCACUUUCUUGGUGUUGGGAUUGGACACUGAUUUGUAAGUUUUAGUUUGGUGAAUUCAAAACAAGCACCAAGUUUUAAUAGAUUUUUUAGGCUAAAGACAAUGUGUUUAUUCCAAAGCCUUUUCAUCCCGUUAAAGGUCCAGUGUAUAAAAUUCAGGUUCAAUUAUAUGAAUUUGGUAGAAAGAGUGGCGUUAUCUGAUUGUAUGAAUUGUUGUUUUUCAUUAACCCAAGAAUGAGCCUUUUAUAUUUAUAUCAGAAGCAGGGUCAGCUCUACAGAGACAGCCAUUUUGGACCGUAAUGUUUUACAGUAGCCCACAAUGGACUAAACUACUAAAUUUACUUUGAGUUUUCAUGGUAACUAAAGUCUCCAUAGGUUCUCAAACACACUUGGAGGGGAAGGGUGAGGGAUUUUCUGCUUGCGUCUUUACCACUAAAUGUUGCAGGAUUUUCCACACUGUACCUUUAAGCAGCAUUGCAACAUUACUGAAACAUCAACACUUUAUUAUGUGUUGUCAACACUCAUCUGGAGGAAGCAGGGUUUCUUUAUUUUUGAACUUUUAUUUCCAUUUGCACACUCAUGCCUGACAUUGAACGCAGCUGGCUGAACUGUUGGAGAGGAAAUCUGCUGAAGCAGUUCUCCACUUUUGUUCAGCAGCUGUUUGUUUUUUUUAUCCAUUAAGAAUAAGAGAAACUACAGACAGAUGGAAUCAUAACAGGAACCAUAACUCUCCCUCUCUUUAUGAAACAACAUUUUUCUCAGUUUAAAUUACUGUUUUAUCCACAUCGUCCCCAGAUAAUCCUUUACUUUCUGUACAAUGCAGAGCCGUUUUAUAUUAUUGGAUUGCUCUCAGUGAGAUCACUGCUGAGGUAAAACAAAUGCAGUGCAAAUAACACCAAAGAUCAGUGACAGGCCAAAUGGUGAAUUAUAUGGAUUUGUCACGACUGAGGGAAACAUAAUGGUUGAAGUGAAUAAAAUGAAUUGAUUUGACCUGGUGUUUACGUGCAGCUGGUGAAAUGUGUUGUACUUAAGUGCAAUUAAAUCCCAUUACUUCCACAAAGGCACAGUAAACAAAGCCUACAGUGGAGCCGUGUUCAUUGUGAGCAGCGCUGAAAGCGAGUGUAACGGCGGUGCAUUAGUCUCAGCAGCAGCACUAUUUUAUUUUAUUACCUGGUCCGAUGUGAUUGUAUCAUAUGUUGUUGUGAAAACAGAGUUCCAUUUCUGGGCUUUAACUGUAAAUCACCCGAAACUGAGAACACGUUUGUUGCUCAAACAUCCGCUCCAUUAUGUCAUUAAUAACCUGUUGAGGUUUCUGUUCAUUGUACACGACCUAGGCGAACAGGUCAUCAUUAUUUUUGCAAUAUUUAAUAGUUUAAUAGCUUAUUUCCAGGGUGAAGGCAGGACGUGCUGUGGCACAAACACAGAGGCUUGAUUCUAGUAUUCUGAAUCUCUGACUAUCAUUGAGUUGCACACUUCUUUAGGGCUGCAACGAUUAUUCAAUUCAUCGAUUAUUAAUCGAUGAUUAGUUGUCAACUAUUUUAAUGUUAUUUUGAUAUUUUAAUGUUUUUUUUUAAUAAAUUGAACAAGUUUUCUGAUUUUUCAGCUUCUUAAAUGUGAAUAUGUUCUGUUUUCUUUGUUCCAUAUAACAAAGAAAUCAUGGUUUGUGGACAAAACAAAGACAUUUCCCGGUUUGUGAAACACCAACCAACAUUUUUCAACCUUUUCUGACAUUUUAUGGACCAAACAAAUACUUGAUUAUUCGGGAAAAUAAUUGACAGAUAAAUUGAUGAUGAAAAUAGUUGUUCACACUUCACUCUACACUUCAUACAUUGUUUGUACCCAUGCAGUGCAGUCUAUUUUCAUACAGAGCUUGACGUCUUGUUGAAACAAACGGCCACAAACUGAGCAGGAAAAAACGAGCUGAUCCAUUGUUGUUGUUGUCUCAGUUGAAAAUGCAAGGCUGACCCAGAGCUUUACCAUUCCAAACCGUACCGUACUGUACCAAACCAUACCGUACCAUGAUGCAAAUACAGCAAAAGUGUAAUCGGCGUAACAGCUUGAACUAGGUACCAACAUUCAACUGAUCAGAUCGAACACAUCGAUUACAGAAGCUUCAUUCAGAGGUGAUUUGAGCACACGUGGACACAUUUCCCAGCUGCAUGAGUUUAGUCCAUCCACAAGACACAUUGGAGACUGUCUCCUCAUCUUACGCCAUCUGUCCUGCGGCAGUUAAGGGAUUUAUUUAUUUUUUUACAUGUUUUUUAACCCGCUGAUCGUAUGCAGUCACAGUAGAUAAAGGAUAUUUUUGUGCAACAGUGGGUUGUGUGGCGGAAAUGUUGGUUCCAUAAAUGUCUUUAAAACAAAACAAUAGAAGCAAUUAGAGAUCACAAGAUGCAUUUUAAGGUUUUGGUAGAAGCUAGUAAAUGUCAAUUAUGUCAAACCAAAAUUUUUUAUAAUAUUGACUAGUUGAUAAAGCAUUUGUAAGUUAGCACAGCCUGUGUCACCCGUCUUGUUUUGCUUGUUUAUCAGCAGUGUGAACACAUUGAUCCGGUGGUUUCUGUCCGCACGGGUCAGAGGAGUUUAUCAGGUUACAAUGUUGUGUGCCUCUCAUUUUGUCCUCGUCUACAUCAGACCACAUCAUUAGUUCUUUUUUUUUUAAUUGAAUACUUUUCCACGUGCAUGACAUUUGGCUCUUAUGUCACAGCUGUCGUGUUUCAGUUUGUGAGGUUUACACUUGUUGGUGUUUAUGAGGCACAGGGUUUUUUGUAUGAAGCUUUAGGAAGCAAGAUGUCAUUAUUAAGGGCCCAGUGUGUAGAAAUUGAAUACUUACCUAAUAAUUACCUGAAAAUACAGAACUGUUAUAUCAGUCAUUCACAGAGACUGGGUCAGGACUCACAGUUGGGUUUCACGGUCACCAAAUAAGCAUGCUUUUAUUAAAUAAUGUGCAUAAUCUUUUUAAUCAGAUUAAGAGAUGAAUUUGUCAAACUGGAAAUGGCUGGUUAACCUUUUCAAAAUAAUAGGUGUUAUAUACAUGGCAGUAGAAUAGUCAGAAAUGUUAUGUUGUCGUGAUUUAUAUUUAAAAAUUGAGUCAUAAUAGUCGUGAUCUAUAAAAAAGUGGGUCCCCUUGUUAAAAAAAAUCCCACUUCUUUUACUUAUAUCACAUUCCUACUGGACAAAAAAUAAUUUAAUCCUGAGUUAAAACGGGUUUUUCACCAGUGGGAGUGUGUUAAUCUGCAUUCAUUCCUGGGUAUUUAUCAGCUUCUGCUCCGAUUGGCAUAAGAAACUGGUGAAACAAUGUCUUCAGCUGCUCUGUUUUUGCCUCUGACAUUUACUCUGACAUCUAGAUGCUGCAAAAUCCUACACACUGGUCCUUUAAUAUAACGCUGAUCAUUAAUAAUCUUCCAAAUUAGAAGAUUCCUGCAUUUGUGAAAAAAUAUCAGUGUGGAUUUUCCAAUAGAUGCACAAUGAAUAAUAUAUAUAUAUAUAUAUAUAUAUAUAUAUAUAUAUAUAUACAUACUGUAUAUACUCGGCAUUUUAUAUUUUAAUUAUACUCCUCUAAUUCUCACAGUGGGUAAGUAAUAUUCUAUCAUACUGUUAGUGCAUCUGAGACAGCUGCCUGAUAUGAAAUUGGUCGUAAAUGUAACUAAUGCUAAUGCAGUCAAGUUAAAGCAAUUAAACUGGUGUAGAAUAACGUGUGUGUGUGUGUGUGUGCGCGGUGUGGCCAUUUGCUAAAAUGUAAAAUUAAACCACAAUUAAAAGAGUAUUUCAUGUUUCUGAACAGCUGUUACUGUACAAAAUCUUUUUUUUAUUUGUAUCAUGUUUGCAUUCUCCUCACCCACUGUGGUGUUUGAAUGAGUCUGCCUUAGUCAUGGGAAUAUUUUUUUUGUUCUAUUUCUGACAGCUCUCUCUCUCUCUCUCUCUCUCUCUCUCUCCCUCCCUCUCUACCUCUCUCUCUCUCUCUCUCUCUCACUGUUCCUGUUUGUUCCUGCAUAAACCUCCAAAGCAUUAAGUCCUUGAUGAGCCUCAGCAGAAAUAUUAGUGCUGUGAUGAUACUGGCUCAUUAUGGCCUUUACUGUAAUUGUCUGUGUUGGCACUUACUCCAACCCACACAAAUAAAAUAAAAUGCAUUUAAAAGUCA